AUGUAUGUCGACGUGAAGAAGCAGGAGGCAGCGUCUCUCAAGAAUCUACCGGUCCACACCAGUCGAAGAGCUAAAUCUCGCUUUGCAGAGAGCUUACUCUUCAUUGCUCUCUCGCUGUUGGUGGUGGGGUUGCUGACUUGCGGCUUUAUAAUCGAGUCGUACAUCCUCUCGCAAACACCUCUUACAUUUCUAUUUGGUGACAAUCGCUCGUCGUGCUCCCCUGAUGUCGUGGGUUUAACCAGCGUCCGGUAUCACUCUGACCACGAAUACUACAACAAACUGAGGGCAGUCACCCCUCUUAAGCCGCCAGUUUUCUAUGGAGAACACACGGCGCUAUGCAAAAGCCGCAUCCAUCUCAAGCGCAAGCACUAUUCAUUCAGCAAAUGUUUGCCGAUAUCGGGACGAAAAGAUCCAACAUUUUGCAGUGGAGCCGAUCGUAUGGAUGUGCUGGAGCAGAAGACGUCGGGGCAUAUUUGCCGUGCUAGCGUUCUACACAUGCUGCUAGUGGAAGUGUACGAGGAACUCCAAGCUUUGGGGAAAUCUCCAGUUAUAUUAUACGGUUCGUUACUGGGUGCUGUACGUGAUCGAAGUAUGAUCCCAUUUACAGAGGAUGCUGACAUCGGAUAUAGCCGGAGACUUCGUGUUACAGAUGAUCUGCAUCGAUUACUGUGGGAAAAAGGGUAUCAUCUAUUUUUCCAGGAUAUCUGGCGUGUUUGUAUGGCGCCUACACAUCCUCUAGCUGCCAAGCUUUACGAUCCCACACAGUCGAUUUCCGCUGAUUUUGAAAUGCCAUACCUGGAUCUGUAUUACAUGAAUCAACAACGAGACAGUGGCGAGUGGAAAAUUGAUGAGAUGAACCGAAUUAACGGCAGUAACUUGAUUUCUGACGACAAAGUGAGGCCGUUCUCACAAGUGAUGAUCAAUGGCCAGCGGUUCGAUACCGUACACGAUCCAGAUUACUUUUUAACGAGGAUGUACGGAAACGAUUUCAUGACACCAAAGCCAAGGGAUGAAGGGAAGCAGCAACUCGUAUUCGUUAAGACUAAUGGAAUCGGUCCCGGUGCACUCAAUAGCAUCAAAAGACACGAACGAGACACUUAAAAAUUGUUACUUUACUCGAAUUCAUGUACUUCUUAGAC